AGAUGUGGUAUGAGUGCCAAUGAGACAACUCUCCAUCCAAGUCAUGAUUUGUAAAAGACAACAAUUCCAGGUCAAAGUAGGGUACAUGUACACAUAUUUUGUACCUAAAUGUAAGUAUGAUUUGUAAUGAUUUAUUACAAAUCACUCAGACACACAUAUAAAUGUGUAACAUGAGGUCAAAAAUAUAAUACAAUAUAUGUAAAUAACAUGACAGAAGAAUAUUUAAACAUAUUAAAGUCAAUACAUAGCUCUUCAGAAUCCAACAGUGUGAAUGAUUAUGAAAAAAGAUAUACAACAUAUAUAUAUAUAUAUAGAUGGAUAUGACAUAAAUCAAAGAUAUAUACUAACUUUUCUGAUGAACAAGGGUAGCUUUUUGUAUAGUUCAGUAUUACAAUAAGACAGUAAACCUUCAAACUUGAUGAUGCUUGGAUGAGCUGUGUAGCACAUAGGUAUGUACUUGUUUCUUAAUGACACAAUAUUUUCAUUUUUACAUAUCAGCAAAAUAUGGAAUUCAUCUUCAUUACCAUUUUAAUAGGAGGCAUUGGUAUAGCAGCUCUUUAUUUAUCAUUUGUACACAAGUUACAUUUUCUUUCCUCCCUUGGGAUAUUGUACUUGUAGAUUCAUAAUAUGACAUAAAAUUAGGGGGUCAUUCAUUUAAUUGCAUGAAAAACAAUCAUGAAUAGUGAUUUUAACUGCUUUUCUGUGGUAAUUCAAGGCAAAUUUGGUUUUUAGAUCUUUGUUUUUGAACUUAGAUUUGUCAAAUUACAUUAAGUUUCGAUCUACUGUAUACGAACAGAUUAGAAAUAUUAUAAAUCAUAAAUGAUUUUGAAAAUUUAACCCAGCGAAACUACUUCAGAGGGAACUUUUUGGUCUUUCUUUAUAAACCAAACAAAAAAUCAGAAAUCAUUUGGACAGGAUAUAGAUUUAUUUUCUUUUUGUAGAUGGUAGAAGAAGUCUUGACGCUUUAAGGAAAAGAUUUCUUAAUAGCAAGUCUGAAGCUUCUCCACCCAAAAAAAGCUGUGUGAAGCCAGCUUUAAAAAAGAAAGAGACAACAGAGGAUAUACAAGUGCAUUUACAAGUUCAAAUUUUGGACAGGCAUGACAUAGCAGUUAAGAGGGUUUUCCCUACUUCAGAAGAUAUUUUAUCAGGCAAGAUAUCUAUUACAGUGCCGAUCAAGUCAACUGGUGUCUACUGGAUAAACAAAGUUCAGGAAUACUUUCAUGGAAAUUAUAAUUUACAGCUUAUGAGAGUUUGUUCUUUUGGUUAUAGUGUGGUUGAAAACCCAGAAGAUUACAAUAUUGCUAAUUUGAAGUGUGAGAUGAAAAAGUUUAAGAAGAAGGCCAGUGAUUUGCAAGCAUAUGUUAAAUUUGUAGACAAAGGAAAGAUCAUGUGUCAAAAAAGAUAAAGAUCAUGUUACCAGGGUAACAGAAUCAAGGACAACUUCAACUACUGCUGUCCAGGAUAAAUCUAUUGAGAUGAAAAUAAGAAAAGAAGACAGAGCCAUCAAAACAGUUGCAUUUCAGAUGAAGAUACUACACUCCAACUCACUAGUCAGGCAGGUGGAGGCAAAGAAGAUAAAGUUUUAAUUUUGGUUGAAAGAUUGUCAAUGUAUGAGGCAGGAGUUCAGAGUGCUAAGUCAGCAGGUGAUACCUCUAAACAGAAAAGAUAUGGUAGAGCCCUUAAGACAAUACAAGAUUUACUACAGCAGACACAUCAAGGAAAGCUAGUUGAUGAAAGUGAUAUACCACCUAGAAUACCUGUUGAUGAGCCAAAGAAACAAAGACCAGAAGGGGCAACAAAGCAAAGUGAAAUACAACCAACUGUCAAGCCUACUACAAAAUCACACAGUGAACAGCCAAGUACAUCACCUUCUUCACAACAAACCCUAGAAUUGAACAAUGAACCAACAUCACCAUCACAUGAAAUAGAGACAGAGCAGAUGAUAGAAACAAAAAGAGAUCAGUACAAAAGAACAACUCUGCAGCCAAAGCAGUCUGGGGAUAUUAACACAGCUAUAAGUAAUGUACAGACAGCCAAGAUUCCAUCACAAAUGAGUGGUCAUGGUUCUCCUCAGGACAGGAAACCAGUUCCUAAAAUAGCUGAUCAAGUAGGCUUUGGAGGGGAGAAAAUGAGUACUGGUAAAAGGCCUGACAGAAAAUUUGAGGAUUCUCCAUAUAUUCAGGAGGAUUCCUUGAGAAUAGAUAUAAGUGACAGCAAAGGGGACACUAGUGAAGCUUCGUUGCCAACAAUGAACAUUGUGAAAAAGAUGAAAAGGGUUGAAACAGGUUGUAACCUGCUGACCUUGGAAGAGAAGAAGAAAUUGAGACAUGAUAUGGCAAAGGAUUUUGUCCCAGGGAAACCUGGAUUGAUUUCAAAAGAAUUUAUGGUCUUGAAUAAGGAUUCAAUUUAUUCAAGAUAUUUUGACAUUUCCACCACAAUUAAGGGUCUUUACAAUUGGAUAGUAGCAACAAUUCCUUAUGAAAUGUUGCCAGCUAAGUUCAUCCUAAAAUGUUUACAAUCAUGCAAGGAGGUGGACUGUUGCCACGCUUUUCCAAUAUCAACAGUGAUGGACAGAGAUGUACUUUUACGCUCUGUCCCAACAAAGUUAAUGAUCUCUCCAAUUUGGGACAAUCCUGAAACUACCUUUACCUGUUAUGAUGAGGUGUAUUUCAGCUAUGGAGACCUUUAAGGAACAGGACCAGUAAAUGAAAGCAGACUAAUGUGUAUUUAAAUUAAAGAAAACAUUGUAAAAUAUUGCAAGAAUAAUUUUUUUAUUGAUUUAUACAUGUACUUGGAAGUGUAAAAAUUUUGAUAUAAUAAUGUUCAUAAUUGUCAGAUCUUUAUUGAAAAAAAACAUCUAUAAUGGUUUCAUUCCAUAUAAAAACUGACAUGGUUGUCAAUAAGUAAGGUUGUUUCUAUUACAAAAAAACCCUGAUAGUUACAAAUUGUUGAACACUUUUUUGCAUAUCUAAUUUUCAUUGAUAUUUUGGUUUUAUCAAACUGAUGGUUUUGGUUUUAUCAAACUGAUGGUUUUGGUAUUUUAACGCUAUAAAAUGAGGUCACAAUUACCUAAAAGCUUUUGCGAUUACUUUGCUUCCAUCUUCCUCAACCAACAAGAACCAAACUUAAGUUAAAUGAUCCUUGAGUAUCUAGAAUAUAGUUUGUGUUUUAUUUUCUGUUUCAUCAAAAAACAUGGAAGCCAUGGCUAAAAAUAGAUCACUGGGUAAAAUGCUGUUCAAAAUUUAUCUGUUCAUGAAAUUUAAAGACCAAUUUGACAACCCGUUGUUGGGUUUAUAUAAUAAAUUUCUUAGUUUUCAAUUGUCUGAGUAUUUUUUUAGAUUAAGAGAAACUGUAAACAGUGAAAAUUCAUAAGGGUUCAGCGGAACCAAGUGUCUCACCUACUUUUGCUGUUUGUGGCAGGCUCAAAAAAUUUGGAAAAAUGUAGGAUCACUAGGUCUCGCUGCAGGCUUGAUAAAGAUGUAAUCCUCAAAUAAGUGAAUGACAAAAAUUUAUCUUUUAUAAGAGUUAGGCCAAAUACAAAUAUAUGUGUAGUUACAGUUACCCUACCUUCCGUACUUUUUAGUCUGAACAAUAAAGCCUACCCAUAAGAAAUUUUUUUGUCAUUAGUUCAGCACAGAUAUAGUCAGAAUGUUGCUCCUAUACACAUAAUGUAAAAAAAAACAACUUAAAAUUGAAAUAAAAUCACUAACUACCUACCCUUAAUUUUUUUUUACUGAAACCACACAUACUAUUCUAUUGCUUUUUAUAUAUGAUUUGUACAUUUUUAGCUCACCUGGCCCAAUGGGCCAAGUGAGCUUUUCUCAUCACUUGGCGUCUGUCGUUGUCCGGCGUCCAUCAUCCGUUAACCUUUACAAAAAUCUUUUCCUCUAAAAUUAUUGUGCCAAGUUUAACCAAAUUUGGCCACAAUCAUCAUUGGGGUAUUUAGUUUAAAAAACGUGUCCGAUGACCCGGCCAACCAACCAAGUUGGCAGCCAUGACUAAAAAUAAAACAUAGGGGUAAAAUGUAGAUUUUGGCUUAUAUCUCUGAAACCAAAGCUAAUAUGACCAAAACAAAAAGCAAAGAUAAUCAUUGAUGACUAGGUGUGCAAUUCAGGCUCUUUGAACAAAGAGUUAUCAAUAGAUUUAUGGCCAAGUUUAUGUGAUGAUCAGCCAAAAAAUAACAUUAUUUUUGUCUUAUACACAAAUCUUAUCCAUAAUAAAUCUCUUGUGUUCUUAUGUUUUUUUUUUAAUACUGUAUUAUGUUGUCAUGGAAAUAGACAGAAAUAUGUGAAACAAAAGACUGUGUGCUUGUAUAAGCAGCUCAUUAAACGCUGAUAAUUUGUACACUUUGUGAAAAUGAUAAUGUUUACAACAUUACAAAUUGUAUACAACAAAUAUACACAAUGAUGUACAGUUCUGCUUUUAAAUUUUAUAAAUGGACAAAAUAAAACUUCAAAUGAUUUAACGGUUUUACAAUAAAUCACACUUUGUAUUUGAACAACUUUAUAUCUGAAAGUAGCUUCACAGGGUUAAUUCCCUUUUUUCAAUUUAACACUUGUACACUUUAUCUUUAAAUUACCCAGAAAUACCACACUAACAGUUAUAAAACAUGAAUGAUUUUCUUGCAUUUGUUAUAUCAUAUGUAUGAUGUCUAUCUGUACCUUUUGCCAUUUAGUUUAAAUAUGUCGACAAUAAAAAGCUUAUACUUUG